AUGGGUGCCACUGGAGUUGAGCGAUGGCAGUGCGUCUGCAAGGUUCCGUUGAGCAUCCGCACCGCGCCGAGGGGGAAAGGCGAGAUCGUGGCUGUGAUUGGGCCUGGGGACCUGGUGGCCUUCACCCCCUUCCCGAAGCGGCCGGUUACGCUCUCGGACCUCUCGGCACAUAGCUUCCUGAGAUGUCGGAAGUUGGAGGCAGCGGAGGCCAGCCGCUCGGAGUCUGAGCAAGGCUGGAUCUCUUGCAACUCCGAAGACGGCGGGGUGCACUUCAUCCCGUUCACCGGCAUGGGAGACGGCCAGGCAACGUGGAGCUGGAAGAGCUGGUUUCAGAGGAGUUCGUCUCAGAAUCCGUGGCUGAAUCAACUGGCUCGGCUACAGCUUCCGGCCACAGCAGGCUUGGAGGAGGACGUGGGCUCACGCUUGCUGCUGGAUGCUCGUGUCCGUGGCAAGUUUACAGGCAUCUUCGUUUGUGAUGCUUUGGCGGGUUUCGGCAUGGCUGUCAGGCCGUGCAUGGACAGGGUGGCUCAGCGAUGGAUUCGUGAGAACUUUUCCGUCGACGUCGCCUCAGUCUCAAGCCUGGAGCUUGCAGCCUUGCUGGAGAAGCGGACAGUGGAGGAUCGGCACCGACUUGUCUUGCUGCUGGUGCAGGAGCCACGUGCCUGGGUUGCCAGGGCGCGCCUCAGCGGUUUCCCCGGUGCAUCUUUAGCGAGAGAAGCCGAGGCGGGAAAGUUGGAGUUCGCUGCAGGCAAGGGCACUUGUCUGGAACACUGGUUGCAGCAGCCCGUCGAGUGCUCUGGCAACUUGCACUCCAGAGGGCUCAUGUCCCUAUGGGCCUGGUUCACGCAGGAUCUUGCCCGUGCAGCGAUAGCGACUUGCUUGCACGGCCAGGCUCAAGUGAAAGUGCAAAGAAAUGUAGCGGGUGGAAGGGAAGACUUGUCGGUCACAGGUGCAUUGUGGUUGGGCUUCCGGAAGCGAUGCUAUGUUUUGUAG